CCAUACUCUGAUGAAACCUUUGCCAAUGCUGCGAUCAAUUGGGCGUACAUGACUAAUCAGCCGUUACGAGUAUUCCAGCAUCCGAAGUUCAAGAGGAUCAUUGAGCUCGCCUCUCGUGCGAAGAAUGGCAUCAAAAUACCCUCAGAGAAAGCCACACGCAAACAGAUCAUUGAUUGUUGGUAUCAGCACUUGCGUUGGCUACGAAAACAUCUCAAUGUGCGUCCAUAA